AUGCCGGAUAAGCCACAGGCCCCUCCGACAGCCUAUCCAGCGAGCUCGCUGGAGGAACAAAAUCAAGAGGGCGGCAAAGGACUGGAUUCGAAACUUGCACCAAAUGCCAACUGGACGCAACUCGAGUUUUGGGACGAUGAAGGGAAAGCUCCCUGUUUGAAAGACUAUGAAGGCCGGGGCCUGCUCAAAGAUAAAGCCGUAAUUGUCACUGGCGGAGAUUCUGGAAUUGGACGUGCUGUUGCUGUGCUCAUGGCUCGCGAGGGUGCUGAUAUCACCUUCGUCUAUCUCCCCGAAGAGGAGGAGGAUGCAAAAUGGACAAAAGCUCAGAUCGAAAAGGCAGGCCGUCAAGCCCAACCGCUUGCCCUGGACGUCACCUCGGAACAGAACUGCGAGAAGAUUGUCGAGGCACACAUGAAGAAGUUCGGCAAGCUCUCCGUCCUCGUCAAUAAUGCGGCCAUGCAAGAGAUCUGCAACGAUAUCCAAAACAUCGAUCUUGGGGUGGUGGAAAAGACUUUUCGCACCAAUAUCCUGAGCAUGUUUGCCAUGGUCAAAUAUGCUCUACCCCAUAUGAAGCGGGGAUCAAGCAUCGUCAAUUCGAGCUCGGUGGCUGCAUACAUGGGCAAUCCCCAGCUGGUGGACUACAGCUCGACCAAGGGUGCUAUCACCACGUUCACGAGAAGUCUGGCGCAGCAGUUGGCGCCCAAGGGUAUCAGGGUGAAUGCUGUUGCACCUGGAAUCAUCUGGACUCCGCUUCAGCCCGCGACGAAAGGGAACCCACCUGAAGCAAUGAGUGCUCUGGGAGUCGAGGAGGCACCACUCCAGCGACCGGGGAUGCCCGUUGAAAUGGCUACAGCUUACGUAUUUCUCGCCUCGCCCCUGGGCUCAUACUUCACUGGUGAAACCAUCCAUGGCACGGGCGGGUUAGAAAUGCAGGGUUAG